AUGGCAUACGUCAAGAGCUUCUACAUGGAUGCUAGUUUGGAGAGCGACGCCGACGUUCUUCCAGCAACGGAGAGUGACGUGUUCGAGGCACAAUUCAUUGCCGAUGUCCCACUGAACAGCGAUGCAAUUGCCCGUAUCAUUGAUUCUCAACUCGCGUUUGAGCAAAGCAAUCAGGUGGUUUCGGACUAUUGCACCGAGAAGCCAGUGGAGCUUGAAAAUCCAAAUCAGCUGGCAAUGAAUAACUCAGUUAUGGACAAUCAGCAAUACUUUGCACCGCCAAAAACUGAUUCGUCCCACUAUGCAUGGAACACGAAUGACGUUGUCUCUUCUCAUCAUCAAUAUGCUGCACAGAGUCCAAACAUCUACACCAACGACUAUCAUACCAGUGAACCAUCUGAUUAUGUCUAUAUGUGA